GGGCGGUAAUACGCCAAGGGAGGUGUCUAAAGGGGUCCGUCCCCGCUCAAAUCUGAUGAUUCUUCAGCUGGAGGCAUUUACUCCAGUCACCGGCCUCCCUUUAACCAAAGGAGCAACAAUGUUAUAUGCAGAGAAAGAUUUAAAUGAACUACUUAUCUGUAAAGAACAAGAACUGAAAGAACUACAAGUUCGGCAGAUGCAUUUUCAGGAAACUACACUGCAAGAAACCCGAAAGCAGCUUCAAGAAAUGCACAGCAAAUUUAACAGUUUAAAGGAAGAUUUCACUUAUAACCUUAAAGUCCUAGAGGAGAGAGAUAGAGAGUUGGAGCACUAUGAUACUUUAUUCAUCCAGUUGAAAAUGGUUGAAAAUGCUAACCAGGUAGAGGUUAGUGACCUUAGAAUACAGGUGGAUAAGCUGCAGCAGGCACUUGCUCAGGAAACAAAAAAACAAAAGGCUUUCAAAGAUCAAUAUCAACAGAAACUGAAAGAACACCAAUUAGCGUUGGGGCAGCUCCAUAGUUCUAAAGAUGCCGAUAUCAACCAUUAUCGUGAGGAAUAUGAAAAUGUGAAACAACGAUUGGAGAGAAAGCUCCAGGAAGUAGAAGGUGAACUUGCUUUGCAAAGACAGGAACUUCUUGCAGAAAUUGAUACAGAAAUGAAGAAAAGAGAGCAUGAGUUUCGAAAGAAGGCAGAUGAAAUGAGCAAUUUUGUUCUAUCCCAUGAGCUUAAGGUGAAGUUGUUGACCAAAGAAUUAGAAGCUUUGAAAGAAGCUGGAAAGAAAGCAACAGACUCAUUGAAAGUGGCAGAAGCAGCUAAUUUGGAGCUUGAAAAACAAGUCAGAUGCAAAGAUUGGGAAAUAAAAGACCUUACAGCUGUAAAAGAUGCUCAGAUGCAAGAUUUAGAAAGUAAGCUUGCUUCAGUACAGCUCGGCUGGGAAAAAGAAAAAAAAACAUUUGAGAGAAAGCAUGCUGCAAUAGAUCAAUUCGCCAGAGAAAAGGAUGCAGUGAUCAUUUCAAUGAAACAAACCCAUAUUGAACAAACACACAAAUGGAAAAAUCAAAUCCAAGAACUUCAGACAAAUAAGGAAACUUUGGAAAUGAAACUAUAUCAGGCUGAAUGUAGUUUUAUAGACCACUUGAGAGAGAAAGAGACUAUCAUUGAAAAACUUGAACAUGAACUAGAAGAACUGAAAACAAACUGGGAUUCUCAAGUAGCUCAGAUAUCCAAGGAGACAGUUUUAAAGAAUCUGCAGAUUCAAGCACAGCAAGAAGAAGUAGUAAAGCUGAGAGCAGAAGUGAUUGCCUUGAAUCAAGAUACUGAAAGAUAUAAGCAACAGCUUUCACUAGCAAUAGAGAAAGAAGAGCAUUUGGAAAGAGCUAAAGUGCAAGGAGAGCUGGAAUGGCAGCGACGUUGUGAGAAUGCUGAAAGGAAUCAAUAUCACAAAUCGGAGGCUCUGAUACAGAGCCUGUCAACAGCUAGGGACCAGGCUAUUGCUUCACUAAAAGAAAAGGAAGAGAAAUUGCAUGGAUUAGAGCUGCUUUUGUCUGCUGUAACCCUUGAGAGAGACCAAGCUGUUCAACAACUUCACUUGCUAAAAGAGAAACAGGGUACUGAAGGAGUUUUUGAACAUUUUCCUCCUGCUGAUAUCCAGAGAUUACAGCAACAGAACAAUACCUUGAGGUCUGUUAUUGCAGAAAUGAGAAAAGAAAUGGAGACCCUUAACAAUCAGGCAACUUCCUCUGAUGACAUCAAAAUGAAAAUACAAAAUGCAGACCAUAGACAGUCCCUGGAAGAGGAGAUCAGAAGAUUGAACAAAAAAUGCAAGGCAGUAGACAAACAGAAUGAAAAUACAACAGAAACGCCAAGAAAAUUAUUAGUGCCUUCUCUUAAUACAUCUAGUUGUAAUAAAACUACUCAAACUUUCCAUCCAGACUACAUUGUCAGCGGGAAUGAUGCUACAUUGUAUGGUGGUAAAGUUGCUGCUGAAAUGCUUCUGAAAAGAAAUAAUGUUAUGGAUUCACUGAGAGUACAAGAAACUGAAAAUUCAGGAAGAAGGAGUCCACUGGUAAAACGACUCCAGGAAGAUUCUGUUCAUCUCAAGCAACAGUUACUUGGUAUGGGGGCAGGUGACGGGCCCCAUCAACAUUUUAGAAACCAUGCAAGAGUGAUUCCAGAUAGCUUGAAAGAAGCUGCAAAAAAGAUCUGCUGUCUGAGCAAAGAAAAACAGCAGCUACUAGAGAUGGUAAACAGACUAAGAGCAGAACUUGGAACAGCUUCAAAGGAAGGAUUUCAGGAUUGCAAUGAUACAAAAAACCCUCAAAAUGACACAUUCCCUGGUGCCCUUUAUCCCAAACAACUUGAACAAGAAGCAAAACAGCAUUUUCUAGCUUUAGAACACUUGCAGUACCAGCUUACAAAACAG